AUGUCGUUCGGUGUUGAUCAAGCAAUCACCGCACUAGGCAUUGCCUUCGAUAUCUGCAUGAAAGUCAAAAACGCACCAGAAGAAAUCGAAGAAGUUAAAAAAGCAACCACUCGAACAAAGCAUAGCCUACACAUCUUAAAAACGCGCAUGGUAGACCCAAGUUCCCCAUUUAACAAUGCCGACGCGAGAAUAAAGUUGCUCCUAUCUGGGGCCAUCAAAGACAUUGAGGGAGGAGUUGAGAAUGUAGAAGCCAUAAUAAAAGAGCGCCUCGCGAUUCCAUGGUGGGAAAUUGGGAGUUACACCUCAUGGCUGUUGAUUCGCGUUCCAAAGCUGAAACUCAUUGCCCAGAGCUUCGAUGUCUCAGGGCAACAUAUCCAGGAGGUGGUGCAAUAUAUCCAGACUGAUGCAAUCCAGAAGAUCGAAAAUGAUAUUGGGGAGGAGGGAAAGAAGGCCGCAAAACGAGCGAAGCAGCAGGAAGAAAAGCUACGUAAGAUUGAAAAGAAAGCCGAGGCGGCAGAAGCAGCUCUUCGAAAGUCACAAGCCGAUGUCUCGAAGCUGCUUGCUUUGGUCGAGAAGAAUCCUAACCUGGUUGCUAAUGCAGCUGUUCAUGGUGGUGAAUCUAGCGACAAGAGCAAAGAGGCUUGGAUCGAGGAGUUGGUGAACGGAGGGAUGCCCCGGCAUGAGGCAAAAUCUAGGCUGGAAGAUAUGAUGAAAACCGUGAGAUCUGAGCAUGAUAAGAUGGCAGCCCAACCUCCGAAAAAUUUAACGCACAAAAGUCAUGAGUCAAAACCAGUGCCAGUCAAGGAGACAAAACCAGCGACAGUCAAGGAGACAAAACCAGCGACAGUCAAGAAGACAAAACCAGCGACAGUCAAGGAGGCAAAACCAGCGACAAUCAAGGAGGCAAAACCAGUGGCAGUCAAGGAGACAAAAGUUACAAAACAUCAUGUCUCAAUUUUGGUAGUUGAUGCAGAUAAUGGAGAACGCUCCAUCAUUACACAAACGUAUCUGGAGCUCGUUCGUUCGUGGACAAUGAACACACAAAAGACAUGGCUUUUCAAUCGGGUUCAUUCUGCAGGCACAUAUAUUCCGACCAAAUUUACCAAAGAGCAUAUAGGUGUUAAAGAUCCAUCGACCCUUCCGGUUGCUGGAAUACCAGCCAGUAAAGCUGCUAUUUCUGAAGUCGCUGGGCCUGAAUAUUACUUUUGGUCGAAGAAUCCAGAUGAGAAAGAUACGAUAUUGGAAAGAAUGCGGCAUCACAAGUCAUGUGGCCUCGAGCAGCGGCAUUUCCAGCAGUUUGACUACAUCCUAUGCUUUGAUGAGGGCAGCCAGAAGUGGCUGGAGAAAAUGAAAGCAAUUGCAGUAAAAAACACCAAAACCGCCAAGGGGAAGCCCCCACCAAAAGUAAUCUCUAACAUUCAUUACUUGAAAGGCUCCGAGGAGUUUGGUGCCGCGUCAAAGAAAACCUUGCAUGAGGUAUCUGAGAAAAUCAAGGUCGCGACGAAAGCCUUCUUAACGAGCGAAUUCGGCUGGGAGAGGUCUCACCUGGGUAUUGCUCAAGGACAAUGGAGGACGUUGCAGUUUAUAGUUUCGAAGGAGGUUUCCGAGAAAAUUGUUAAAAUUGACAAGGAGCUAAAAUCGGAAAUUGAGGCCAUGAACUGGAGAGUCCAUACUUGCACUGAGUAUUUGGAUAAGACUGUAUUGGUAUCAGUUUCGGGACCUAGAGAAAUGUUGGAGAUGGCGUCAAAGAUGAUCAUAGAUCCCUAA